UGGAUAAAGUAGUAUUGACAGAUGCUAAUAAAAAGCUUGUAAGUUCAUUCUUGAAGCAAAUUUACAUAAGUACUAUAAUUAUUUAAAUACAUUUUGAGUUUUCACUAAUACAAUACAUUUUACCUCACAUUUAGGUGCUUACUAAUUUGUGGGUACCAGAUGAUUUUUACAAAUUCCCAUUACUUGAAAAAAAUAAGAAACGUGGCCUACGGUUUCAACAUAAGUGGCUGAAAGAGUUUAAUUGGCUGGCAUAUUCUAAUGUAAAAAAUGGUACUUUUUGUAAAUACUGUGUCCUGUUUGCCAGAAAUGGUGGGAUUGGAAGUCAACCUUUAGGGCAUCUUGUUACUGACGCAUUCACUAAUUGGAAGAAAGCAAAAGAG